AGUCCGACGUCCGUUUAAAACCAUCUGGGGUGAAAUGAUACGAUACUAGCUACUUGUGGCAUCACAAUUAAACCAGAGCGGGUUUAACUUCCACAAAGUGUAGAAUCCUCAUCUGAAAGUAUGCUGUGUCGUUUUCUUCUGUUCUGGAUCUUACUGCGUUGUGCAGAUUGCUUUAGCGUCACGGUCCCCUCCAGUCCUGUUCUCGGGGUGCGUGGAGCCACAGCACAUCUUCCCUGUGCAUAUGAACCAGUCUCUGACCUCUCUGAUUUGGUGAUCACAUGGCAACGGGAGGAAAACGCACAGGUGGUGCACAGCUUCUACUACGGGAGAGACCAGCUCGGUAGACAAAACCUUGAUUAUCAAAACCGGACAAAGUUAAAUCACCAGGACAUUCCUCAAGGAAAUGCAUCCCUGAGUAUAGCCAGGUUUGGACUGAAGGAUGCAGGGAAGUAUGUGUGCAUAGUGAGCAACUCCAAGGGAACUGACAGAGGAGUGGUGCAUUUGGUCUACGCAGCUUUCUAUUCCGAGCCGAAGUUAAGCAUCCUUCUCAAUUCCACCGAUGUGACUGUCCAGUAUGAGAUGGAGGCUUACCCGAGGCCAGAGGUCAUGUGGCAGGGGUCAGGAGGUCAGAACCUCACUGGCGAUGUGGAGGUUACAUCUGAACCUGACGGAGGAGUGUUCUACUUAAAAAGCAGCUACAAAACCCAGAGUCCAGUGUUAAAUGUCACAUUUACUCUUGAAAACCCUGCUGUGCAUCAGAAGCUACAGAGGCAUGUUAACAUCAGCAAUGAUGGGAACUGGAGCUCCAGAACCCCAGUUGUGGUUCUGUCUACAUUGUGUUUUUUCCUCCUGUGCACGACAGGUCUGCUCUUAUGGUUAUACUGUCAUAACGUGCACAGAUGACCUCAUAUCCAUACAGGAAGGAUUGUUGAAAAGUAACUACUACUGCUCUUCCUAUAGUGCCUCCAACAUAAGUUUUUAUCCUUGUAUUUAAAUGAAUACUGCUGCUCUACUAGACUUUAUGCAAUACAGAUUUGGGAUGGAAACACAAGAAAAAAUGUUGAAGUGAUUUUGUUUUUUGUGGCCAUUACGUUGUUUGUUUCACUUUGCUGUCCUAAAUUCCUCAAAUUCACUAUAGCGACUGUAUCUUAAGUUGUUUAGUGAAAAACCCCACCCCCCUCCCCCUCACAAAAAGGUCAAUUUCAGGCCAUUUAGAGCAUUCCUAAAAAUAAGAGGGAGAAUGCUAUACUAUAAUGAAAUUAGAAUGGUUUACAUAAAUCAUAUUUUCAUGGCUUCUUUUGAAUGUCAGUUUAUGGAAAACAAUGUUAUUCUAAACCUAAAGUGACAACAUCAAACAAUAGUGUGACCCCGCUAAUCACCCCUAGCUUGAAUUUAAGAAAAGACUCUCGAUCUUUCUUACUCAAGAAAUUAUACACUUCAGCUUUAAAAAUGACAGCUCAAUGAAGAGUGAUAUAUUUUAAAACAUUGACUAUACAAAUGUUUAUGAAAUAUGCAUAUCACAAAGAAUAUUCAAGACAAAACACUCAUUGUACGCCUGAUGGUUUUGAAGAUUUUCACUAUGCACAGACUUGCUCGAAUUUACUUUCAUUGUAGCAUUAAUAUUAACAAGAUAUAUAUUUUCAUUUUUAGCUUGAGUAUAAACAAUGAGCUUGACCAAGUGUGUUGUAUAUGAUUUAAAAAAAGAAAAUAAUUUAAACCAAAAGCAAAUUAAACAAGUAUUUUUCAGAUCAUGAGUGUUUCUGGGUUACGUGUUUUUUCAUAUUUCCAAUCAUUAAUAUUAUUAUUAAGAAUGAAAAUCGGACCAAAAAACAAAAUGGUAUUUCAGCCAUCCACAAUCCACAUAACAUUCGAUAGUUUACAGAAAUGACACCUUCACCUCACAUGUCCAUUCCAACUAGAAGGUACAAUCUUUAAAAAUCAUGUAAAUUAACACGAGGUAUUAAAGUGUAUUUAAUAUAUUUUUGAUGUUUAAAUAUCGAUGAUGACAAAGAUCUCUGGUUUCUCUAUGUCAUGUACUUGCAUUGCAGAGUAGGUGAUUGCUUUCACUUCUGUUCCCUGUAAAAAAGGAAAAUCAAUUCUAAAUAAAAGCAUUAACAUA